AUUCUUUUCCUAUCAUGUCAACCAGGGAAGAUGAACCUUCUGCUUCCGGAACUGUUCCGCUUCUUGGAGAGGAUACUUCUGAAGUGGGAUAUGAAUCAUAUCACGUUGUCUCCACUAGAAGUAAAAUCAAAAGAUUGCUUCCCGUCUUAACAGUUAUAUUUGGCACCAGUUUUUUAGUUGCAGGACUCAUCUUUGUUGCCUUUCCGGGCUGGUUUUGGAAAAAUUCUCCUUCACAAACAGGUGGCGAAUCUGGAGAUGACGGUGGUGAAACCGUAUUUUCUCAAGGUGAAGACCAGUCUCAAAACUCACUAGCAACCUCCAUAGUAGAAGCGAUGGACUCAAGAAUCGAUCCCUGUGAGGAUUUUUACAGAUAUGCGUGUGGCGGUUGGCUGAAUAGAACUUCGAUUCCACCCGAUAGGUCUUCAUACGGAAAGUCCUUUACAGUUUUGACUGAAAGGAUCGAAGCAACACUUCGAAACCUUUUAGAAGGAGAGCUUUAUAUGGGACGUACUAAAACAGGCAAACUUUAUUAUUCUUGCAUGAAUAUGCCUGACGAUUCCAAUUCUUUUCUGCAGUAUUUGAAUCUCUCGUACUACAGCCUGGUGAAGGAUCUUUCAGACUCGAGAAGCAUUGCCAAUUUGACAGCAUUGUUCCAUAGCGCUCAAAUCAGUGUCUUCUUCGAGGCUAGUGUUGCCGAAGAUUUAUUGGAUCCAACAAAGUACUCUUUUUAUUUCUCUCAGGGAGGCCUUUCUCUUCCUUCGCGAGAAUAUUAUUUGGAACAAUCAACAGAACGGAAAAAAAUUCGUUCGCAAUAUCUCAGCUAUAUUAAGGAUUUAUUCAAUUCAACUUUGUUGCACACAAAAAAUGAGUCAGAAGAGAGUUCCUCCAUAUUUUCUUUGAGUUUGGAGGAAGCUGCUAAUGAAAUUUUGCUGUUAGAGACUGUGCUUGCCAAUAUUUCUCGACCUCUCGCAGAUUUGAGAGACCCAAACAUUUCUUACAAUCCAGUGCCUAUUACGCUUAUCCCUCAAUAUAUGCACAUUGAAGCAUAUUUAUCUGUUUUGGGUGUUGAUCCCAGUGUGAUAGACAACAUAGUUGUGAUAGACAGUGUUGAAUUCUUUGCAAAGUUGAGUGAAAUGAUGAACACCACUCCAGUAGAUACUAUCAAAGCUUAUAUGACUUUUCAUGCUCUUAAUUCGUUGGUCUCCGAUGGUAUGUUGGGAGAAAGUUUGUACGACAAGUACUUCGAUUUCUAUGGAAGAAAGAUUGCUGGACAGAAAGAGAAAUCACCUCGUUGGAGACGUUGUUUAUCUUAUACCAACAGUGGACUCGGAGACUUACUUGGAAUGGCUUUUGUCGAACAGAAUUUUUCGUCGUCCAGAAAGGAGUCAGCGGAAAAUAUGCUUCGAAAGAUUGAGGCGUCAUUUGCUGUGGUUUUACGAGACUCUCCGUGGUUAAGUGAAGAGGUCAAAAGUGCAGCAGCAGAGAAGCUCCGUGAAGUCAAUAACAAGAUAGGCUACUCGGAAAGUCCUGAUACCUAUGAUGAUGUCGAAAUUUCUAAUGAUAACUUUUUCUUAAAUAGUCUAUCUAUAAGACUGCACGGCAGUAAGAAAGCGCUGCAGAAGUUGGGCAAGCCUGUAGAUAAAAAGGAGUGGCUGAUGACUCCGCAAACCGUGAACGCGUACUACAAUCCAUCUCAAAAUGAAAUGGUUUUUCCUGCUGCGAUAUUACAGAUUCCCUUUUUUUCUGAAGAGUAUCCAGCUGCUGUAAAUUUUGGUGGACUCGGUAGUGUUAUGGGUCAUGAACUGAGCCAUGGAUUUGAUGAUCAAGGACGUAAGUUUGAUGGCAAAGGUGCAUUUCAUGAAUGGUGGACAAGUGACGUUGAAACAAUGUUUGAAGAACGAGCGCAGUGUGUGUCUAAGCUUUAUUCGUCAUUUUAUCCCAGCGAACUUUCCUCUGAGCAUCACGUCAACGGUAACUUGACUCUUGGAGAAAAUAUUGCAGACCUCGGAGGAGUGAAAGUUGCUUACCAGGCGUAUAAAUACUUCUCUGGUGGACUUGCAACACAAUUUUCUGGCAAUGACUUUGUUCCAGGCUUAAACGAUGAGCAACUAUUUUUUGUCUCCUACGCGCAGCUUUGGUGCCGAAAAUACACCCGAGAGACCUUGGAAAUGCUAUUGGAGACUGAUCCACACAGCCCCAGCGAGUUCCGUGUCAAAGGACCACUCUCCCAAUACCAAGAAUUUGCAAAUGCGUUUGGUUGUCAGAAAGGAUCGAUAUAUGCUCCUGAACAAACUUGCAGUGUUUGGUAAUGAUUUUGUUGUUCUGCAUGGUUUGCACAGUGGAAGAAAUGAAUAGUUCUUAAUAUUCCUUUCUUUAGCCUUCUCAUAAUUUUCUUGACGUACACCAUAGUCUUGUUGUUUUAAUAAAGACGAAUCCCACAAA